AUGAAGUGCCAGUUUAUCUUUGCUUUUGCAGCACUUUUGAUGAUAGCAUCGUUGAUUAUAGAAGGCGAUUGCUUUGAUACCAUGCUUAAAGGAAAGGUAAUAUACUGGAACGAAAACGUUCUAAUACGACUUGGAACCAACCGAUUUACUAAAAAAAACAACGCACGGGGCUAAGUGUGAAAAUGAGAUUUAUUUGCAUGAGAAUCAUUUUUAUAUUAUUUUAUAGCUUCGCACUUAGCCCCGCUUUGAAACAGAGGUCUUGAGCAUUGUAACUCGGAAAUAGCCCACUGUGACACAAACAAAAAGCAAGGGGCACACAUACACCAACCCUCGGCCUGGCCAGUACCUCAAAGAUGCACAACGCCAUAUCCCCGGGCAGUGGCAGACAUGGAUAGCCGUUUCCAUGUCUCAUAUAGACAGAGGUAUUGAUUUGAUAUUUUACCUGAUUUUGUCAUUUUUUUUCUUUUUUUACCCCUAACAACUCAAUCAGAGGACAAUGUAGAUUUGCCGUGCAGCAAGAAGCCUUGGCUGCAGGAAUAUAGAACAAGAAGUGGCUGAUGACCCCAUGAAAGAAGGAAGGGCUCGUCGACGUGAAGUAAAAGAGAGGAGUUUUCUGUUGUGUCUAGUUGUGUUUUCAAUUGUGUCUUGUGUUUUUUAUUGUGUCUUAUUGUGUCUGUCAUUAUACAUUACUAUUCGGGCGAGAGAGGAAGUUCACGAAAAAGAGAUUAAAUAGCAUUUCUUGAUUUUUUUGCAAAGACACAAGAAGCUCGAGAAUUGAUCAAAAAUCGUGAGUUAUACCUCUAUGUAUCACGCGAUCGCCUGUCUCACUGUACCAAAAAUUAUCAUAUCUCGGUGAGCAUUCGGAAGUCAGCCAAGCGCGGUCAUUGCAUGCGUGCUGAACAAGAAUGCUGUAUCAUGACAGACUAGACACAAUAGAAAACUCUCAAAGCACAAACUCAGCCAAAACUCUAAAAAUCUUCCAUGUUUACUCAAGUUUCGGCUUAUAGAAGAUACUGUCACAGUUUUUCAAUGACCAUGAAAUUCAUAAUCUGGGUAGGUAGUUAAUCAGUUGUGGCCCUGAAAAAAAUUGAAGGAAAAAAAACUACGAGUUUUUAAGAAAAUGCUUUUUUCGUGAGAAGGACUCCUAAACGCUGACAAACUUCAACAAAUAGCUAAAACUAUGAUUUCUAUAUGUUUGCAUUGUUCGAAAUCACGCGCAUUUAUAAGGCCCUAAAACUUUUUGCUGACUUGUAAUGACCCAUCUGUCAUAGGAUCCCCAAAAUAAAGGGAUAAAUCUCAUAGUUUCUUAGAUCAAGAGAGAAUGAUCUUGCUCAUUCUCUCUUGAUUAGAUAUAAUCGUAAAAAGUUUGCUUAUCAUUUUCACAUAAACUAUGACCUAAAUUUGGAAACCGCUGAAUUUCUCUCAUUUGGUCUUUGCUAUUUUGGUGAAAUUUGGUCAACGCAAGGCAUUAAUGCGAACUAUACGAAGCGAAAAAAUGCCGACAACAGCAGACUUCCGUCUCAGACCCCAAAGAGGCCUGGCACUAUAACCACGUAACAUUUACUCCGAUGGCCAAAAACUUUAUGCUAUAUUGUACAUUGAUCAAAAUGUUAUCCAUGCUAUAUGUUAGACUUAUGAUCAAAGUAAAGGUGGGGAUACCAGAGAGCUUCAAAGUAGGAUGGUAUCCUCACAAAAUAACUGGGUCGAGUCACCUUAAUAGCUUCGCACUUAGCCCCUCUUUGAAACCGCCUUGAGCAACGUAACUCGGAAAUAACCCAUUUCCCUGACACAAACAAAAAGCAAGGGAAACACAUAAACCAACCCUCGGCCUAUCCAGUACCUCAAAGAUGCACACCGCCAUAUCCCAGGGCAGUGGCAGCCAUGGGUAGCUGUUUCCAUGCCUCUUAUAGACAUAGGUAUUGACUUGAUAUUAUACAUGAUUUUGUCAAUUUUUUUCAUUUUUACCCCUAACAACUCAAUCAGAGGACAAUGCAGAUUUGCCGUGCCGCAAGAAGCCUUGGCUGCAGGAAUAUAGAACAAGAAGUGGCUGAUGACCCCAUGAAAGAAGAGAGGGAUCGGCGUGAAGUAAAAGAACACUGA